GGAGGCCUGACGAAGCUCAAGAACGUGUUCAGCGCGGGCCUUUCUAAGCUAGGCCGCCUCCCGAAGAUCUUCAAGAGGCACGAGAUGCCCUCGUCAAGCCCAGCUCCCUUCGAGCUGCAAAUUAGUUGACUAUGAAGCGCAAAAGAAGAGGAUCGAGGACCACCAGAGGGCGAGUCAGAGAAGGGAGAAGUAUCUAUUCAUGACAGCCGCGGGCAUAGUCGCCGCUGCUAGUGCUUGGGGGGGAGGCAAACUGCUGUGGCAUUGGGGCAAGAACGCCAUGGCAGCACGGCAAGCGUAUCAACAGCGGCAACAGCAGCUUAGACUGGAGCGGAAUGCCGUUCUCGGCAUCCCUGUCCCAGAGGUUCACAGAGUGCUUCACGCUGAGAUAGGCGGAAGUCGGACGCCUUCCCCUGUCGUUUCGGGCUCUUCGAGUCCUCGAGCCCACCUUCCAAACGAAAGCCAUCACUCAUCGAACGCUGCUGAGACGUCGACAAUUGAAGGUGCUGGUAGCCCAAGGGCACAAAUACCUGCUGGGAGGACAUCCACAACGGGUGAGGUGGAGCUAAGCAGAGUUUCGAGCUCGGGCAGUGGUCCACAUGCCCACACCCCAGCAGAUACGGCUUCAUCCUCUGGCGCUUCUACACAGCCUACAACCGUCCAACACCGGCCUGCCACGCCGAGUCUUCCUGCGAAUGCCCCUCCCGGUACCGCUUGGGGCCACGUCACGCAGCACGCCGAUGGUGUUCCUUAUCUUCCUCCUUCACCUUAGGCAACCAAUUCUGUGAUUUGCAGGGAUCGGGGUCAUCCCCCAACAGCUUCCAUUUCACUGUUCCUCACCGGCAAUCCUUUCUUUCGUUCCUUUUCUUGCUGUGUGAGAGGAGUAUUUGACUUGAUCCUGGCGCUGCAUCAGACAUGAAGGAGUCACGCGUAAGGCGCACAGAGCUCGGUCGCAACGAGGAAAGCAGAUGAUGCAAAAGCGCUGUCCAAUUGCCGUCGGCUACAAAUACAAAUCUCUAGUGUGGUGACCUGCCAUUCCCCAAACGCCCUCGA